UGAUAUCCCGUGUCUUACUCCCUCGUCUGUUCUCUUGUUUGCUUCGAAAGCCUUGUUUCAUCCAUCUUUCUUCAAAUCCAUUCGUACUCCAGCUUUAAGAACAACAACAAACUUCAGCUUAAUCGCGCAGCUGCAUAAAUCUUGGAUUUCUCACCUCUUUGCUUGAGGUAAGAGCUUGUGGCCUCUGGUAUUCUCGAAAUCUUGGUUCAUCUUUGAAAUUAGGGCUUUUAGAGAACCACAAAGUUUUAUGUUGUAUGUUGUUUCAAUCUUCCGUUCGAAUGGGCAUUAUAGAGCUAUGUUCGCACGAUCUUGUCCUGCUGUCGAGAAGGUAGAGUAGUUAGCUAUUGAUUUCUCCGCUCUCUUCUCGUCGAUGAAUUGAGGUUUCUCGCAUCUCGAAUCUUUUUCGGAUCUUGGACGAGAUAUAGGGAUUUGAGGGAGGGUUUUUGUUGAGUGUUGAUCCAAGACGGGUUUAUUAAGAGUGAAGGAGUAGGAUUAUUGUGAGAUCGAUUGGUAAGAAGUGUUUAAUCUUGUUCUGGAAAGUAAAGUUGUUUUUACUCUAAUCGCACUCUGGGAUUGUCUGCUGUUGUUUGAUCUCAAAUGGACGACGACAACGGAGAAGAGAGGUAUCCUUUAUCCAAACGUUACAGUGGAAACCAUCGGGAAAGUUAUAGUUCUGUACCUCGUUCAAAGGUUCCUCUCCGAGAUGCUCCUUAUUCAAGGCCAGUCAGCAAUCGUUAUGUGGAAGAUGAUGUCGAAGAUGACGAUGAAGAGGAUGAAGGACAGGGGGAGGAGGAUGAUGAGAAUGAUCAGAACAAUGGUUUUGCUCACACAAGCGAUGAAGUAGAUGAUGGUGAUGACGAGGAUGAUUAUGAUAUGGAUGAAGACGACAAGCAGAACAGUACUAUCAAACGAGAUGAUGCUGAUUUGGAAAGACACCCCAAGAAGCGGCGUUUGAAGAGCUUGGCAUCAAGUUAUGAACUUGCUCCUCAUGUUCCGGCUCCAUCAUCUGCUACUCCUGCUCAAAAAUUAUUUGUUGGGGGCAGGAAUUCAUUGAUGGAUUGGAAUGAACAUGAAACAGUUGUUCUUCUAGACGCGUGGGGCGAACGGUUUCUUCAACACGGGAGGAAAAGUCUCCGAUCUGAGGAAUGGCAAGAGGUUGCUGAGAAGGUAUCAGAGGUCUCUAAGAUAGAGAGGACGGACACACAAUGCCGAAACCGCCUUGAUACGUUGAAGAAAAAGUAUAAAAAGGAAAAAUCGAAGUCGACAGAAUUAGGUGGUUCUACCAGCAAAUGGGUUUACUUUAAGAAGUUGGACAUGUUAAUGUCUUCACCCCCAAACCAAGGAGGCCUAUCGUGUGGCUUAGACUCGGGGGAGUAUGUGUUCAUGAACCCUAGAGCUUAUCUAAACCGUGCAAACGGGUUCGAUGAGAUGAGAGAUAGCCCCGAAAAUUCGGAAUCUGAUGAUGGUGAGGAUGACGAACUCGAGGGACUUCCACCGAAGAAAAGGAUGUAUGGGAGGAACCGUUGCGAUGGGACUUCAUUCAGGAUGCUAGCUAACUCCAUUCACAAGUUCAGUGAGAUUUAUGAGAAAAUAGAGAGCAGCAAAAGACAUCAAAUGAUGGAGUUAGAGAAGAUGAGGAUGGAUUUCUUGAGAGAUUUAGAGUUGCAGAAAAGGCAUAUUAUGGAGAGAGCACAGGCUGAGAUUGCGAAACUUAGGCAGGGCGACGAUGACGACAGGGACUAUGGUGCCCCUGCCAAGAGUACCAAUGGAUAAUGUAAUCUUACUAUUUCUUACAUAUGCUGUUUGUAUAAUAGAUGGGAGGCCCCUUCCCCUGUUGAUUUCUCAAUAUAUUCGAUGGAACCUUUCUUACAUUUGACAACACAAUGACACAGUUCUGCAUUUCAUGUU